AUGAGACCUGUAGUGGAAAGGUGCAGAGGACCAACGUUUAUUCUUGAAAAGAGAUUACAUAAGUUUCUCACCUCGCACCUCGAGAAUAAUAUACAUGUGGCGCAUGAUCCAAGAGAAGUGGUUAAUGAGAUACAAGAUCUAGUUUUAAUGGAGGAUGAAAUUGGAACAGUGAUGGACUAUGAAAGUUUAUACCCAUCUAUAAAAAUUGAAUCAUGCAGAGUAGCACUUUUAGACUUCAUGCUGAGCAAGAGCCCAAAUUUGGCGGGUUACAAUAAUGAUUUGAUCGAACUAGCUAACCUUAUUUGUUAUCAAUCUUUUUUCGCAUUUAAUGGCCGUCGAUACAGACAAAGAAGAGGAGUCCCUAUGGGAAGUCCCAUGUCAGGACUUUUAUGUGAGCUUGUAUUGAGAAGGUUGGAAAAAAGUGCUCUUUCUGUUUUCUUAAAUGCCAUUGUGUAUUUUAAAAGAUACGUGGACGAUGUAUUGGUAAUUUGGAAGAAUGACCAAAAGAUUGAUGAGUUUAUCAACAUGAUAAACAGCAACAAUGAUGGUCUCAUGUUGAAGAUUGAACAAAAAUGUGCUUCACGGAUACAUUUUUUAGAUAUUGACAUUGAAUUUAAAGAAGGGCGUUUGACAACUAAUGUAUACGUAAAACCGACGCAUAGCCCUCUGUACAUUCCGUCCCAUUCUAAUGAUCCCUACCAGUACAAAAUGGCUGCCUUCCGUGCCCUUAUCCAAAGGGCUUUUCUCUAUUGCAGUAAUGUCUUGGAUAGGCAAAAAGAAAUUAAUAGAAUAUUGCAUAUUGCCAGAUCUCUAGGGUACAAAGAAGGUAUGAUAACAACAUUGGUCAGAAAAUACAAAACAAAUAAAACUAAAACGCAAAACGACGGUUUCGGCAAAAUCACGAAGUUCACGUAUGAUAGAAAGAGAAAAGCCAUCAUGAAAGAAAUCUCAGCCCGCAAAGAGUCCAGGUUAAUUUUCAAGAGAGCUCCUAAUCUGUACAGAUUAUUAAGGAAUGACAAAGACAGCAUAGAUAAAGAAAAAAGAGCAGGUGUAUACAAGAUUCCAUAUGAAAAUCGUGAACUAGACAUUAAUAAAAAUUAUAUUGGUGUCACUAACAGAAAUUUAGGAGUCAGAUUAAAAGAACACAAGUACAAUAUCAGUAAGGGAUCUAACGCCACAAUACUAUCGCAAAUGGCGCAAGUUGAGGGCUCAAUCGUCAAAUGGGACGAAGCAAGUAUUAUUAAACCAGUACAUUCACCAACUUUGGCGAUUUGCGCAGAAAAGAUUGAAAUAUACAGGAGCAGAUUACAUGAUAAAUGCAUUAAUUCUAGGGAUGCUGAAGGGUUGCCUUCCGCCUGGAAAUACUUAAUCAAGCGAAUGGACAGAUCUUAA